AUGUAUGUUGUGUUCAAUUUAAUGAGUGUUCUAGUAGCCAUCUUGUUUAGCGAGACCAUCGGCCAACAUUUAGUGUUGGGACCAUUAGCUUUAGGACUGGUUGUGCCGGAUGGGCCAACUUUAGGAGCAGCCUUAGCAUCAAAACUAGAUACACUUGUUUCAGGCUCUCUCUAUCCAACCUACCUCACAGACAGUGGGCUGAAAACAAAUAUCUUCAGAAUCAAUCUUCAAUCUCUGUGGAUUGUAGGGUUUAUUGUUCUCUUUGCUAGCUUAGUUAAGAUUGGAGCAGUAAUGCUGAUAGCGCAUUACAACAAAAUCCACUUUCGAGAAGCUCUUGUUCUUGGACUCAUGUUGAAUGCAAGAGGCGUCUGUGAGCUCAUUGUGUACAACUUGUGGAGUAGUGAGAUUCUGACUCAACAAGAGUUCACUCUCGCUGUUCUAUCGGUGAUUGCAGUGACUCCAUCUAAACAACACAUCCCAAUCCAGAGAAGAACCAUACAACAUGCCAAACGUGAAGCAGAGCUGCGGAUAUUGGUGUGUAUUCAUAACCAGGAUAAUGUAACUUCAAUAAUAAACCUGCUAGAAGCCUCCAAUGCAACUGAAAAGAGCCCCGUUGCAGUCAUAGCAGUCCCCCUUGUAGAGCUUGUUGGCCGCGCUACGCCCAUCCUCAUAGCACACCAACCACAAGAAAAGAGUGAUACCAAAUCCUACCACAUCAUCAACGCCUUGCAACACUAUGAGCUCUACAAUGAAGGCUGCGCAACUGUUCAAUCAUUCGGUUGCAUCUCACGUUACAACAGAAUGCAUGAUGACAUUUGCCAGGUUGCACCCGACGAAAAUGCCAACAUUGUGAUCAUUACAUUUCAUAAGAAUUGGGCUAUCGACGGUACCAUCGAUUCAGUGAACCGUUCCAUCCGAGCUUUGAACCUCAAUGUCCUCAACAGAGCACCAUGCUCGGUCGGAAUCUUCAUAGACCGGGGAGUUCUACGCGGCUCAUUGUCCAUUAUAAGCAGUCAAUCCAUAUACAACGUGCUAGUGAUCUACAUAGGCGGAGCGGAUGGCGGAGAGGCACUGUCCUACAGUGCUCGCAUGGCAAAACACGAGAAUGUUACUGUAACAGUCAUGCGUCUCCUCCUAUUCAGAAGUGAUAGCGCCAGAGAACGGAAGCUGGACAAUGAUUCGAUCGAUGAAGUCUGCUAUGCUAACAUAGGAAAUAAAGGAUUCUUAUAUCGAGAGGAAGUUGUGAGAGAUGGAGUAGGGCUAGCUUCAUCUAUUACAGGAUUUGAAAAUGGUUAUGACCUGUUUAUAGUUGGGAGGAGCCAUCGGGGGUCCCCUUUUCUGUCGGGACUCGAUGCAUGGAGUGAGUGCACUGAACUUGGUGUUAUCGGAGAUAUGCUUGCCUCAACGGAUUUUGGGAGCACAUCAUCGGUCUUGAAUUUUAAAAGUAAUAAUGAGCUUUUGAUGAAAAACCACCAGUCCCAUCCAACUGGAUCUGUACCAUUCCCAAAAGUGAAUGUGUCCUCAUUUCACGGCCAUGGACGUGGACGUGGAUGCGGACGUAUUGGUGGUCGUGGACAUGGUCGUAAUAGAAAAAAAUAUAAUAAUCGUGGUGAUCAUAAUUCCUUAUUGGUUCCCAGAAGGAACUUCACACCAUCCUAUCAGAAGUGGAAUUCAAAUGCGACCAAGCAGGCAAAAGGAAAAGCUUUGCAGAACAAGCUCCGGAGAUAUACGAUGACAAGCCUUGCUAUAGUGGAUAUUACUAACCUUAAUAUUUCCAACUUCUUUGCUGAUCCUAGUGAUAAUAUUGAUCAUUUGAUUGCUGAUGGAAAUAUCCAUACCAAUUAA